UCCGGCAGAAGAGCCAUGGAGGCGCCGCUGCGGGAGGUGCGCGUGGGCUUCAUCGGCGCGGGGCGCAUGGCCAGCGCCGUGGCCCGGGCGAUGCUGCUGGCAGGAUCGACUGUCCUGCAGCGUCCUGAGGCCUUAUCCUUGCGAGACAAUCCAGAAGGACGUGGAAGCCGCUGGCACCCCAAAGUGGUGGGCAUUCAAGCGGAAGCCACGAAGAGAGGCCUCCCCGGCUCGUGUCCCGAUAGAAAACAUCCCACCAGACAGAAAAGUCUAUUUGAGUUUCAGAGACACCUUGGAAGCCAGGCUCAAGCGGAACCCGCGGAUAGGUUUAAUCCUGCGAAUCCUAGAGAUGGUUCGCCAUCGCGGUCUGGAGUGCCUUGGCCAAAAACGGAAUAUUGGAGAUCAGAUGGAGAAGUCCAGGCCGUAAAUAUCCUGGCCAGUGCUCCAUCCAACAGGAAUCUGGACAAAUUCCAGACCUUUGCCUGCCGGACGACCCACUGCAACCUGGAGGUGCUGGAGAAAUGCUCCUUCGUAUUCCUGGCCACCAAACCCCACAUCCUCCCGGCCGUUCUGCGAGAGAUUGGCCCUGCGGUCACUGCCAGCCACGUCCUUGUUUCCAUGGCCGCCGGAGUCCCACUCCGGACCCUGGAAGAGCUGCUCCCUGCGGGGACGCGAGUCCUGCGCAUGAUGCCCAACCUUCCCUGCGAGGUCCGGUCGGGGGCCAUCCUGCUCUCUCGGGGGUCGUCCGUGGGAGAAGAGGAGGUCUCUGUGCUGAAAACCCUGCUGGCCGCGUGCGGCUUGUGUGAAGAGGCCCCCGAGUCCUAUAUCGACAUCCACACGGCGUUGAGUGGCAGCGGCGUAGCUUACGUCUACAUGUUCGCGGAAGCCCUGGCGGAAGGUGCGGUCAAGAUGGGAAUGCCCGGCCCGUUGGCCAACAGGAUCGCAGCUCAGACUUUGCUGGGAGCAGCCAAAAUGAUGCUGGAAACAGGAGACCACCCCGCUGUUCUGCGGAGCGCCGUUUGCACUCCAGGCGGCACCACCAUCCACGCCUUGCACGAGCUGGAAAAGGGGUCCCUGCGAGCCACGGUCAUGAACGCCGUGGAGGCGGCCACCAGCCGGGCUCGCGAAUUGGGCAACAGGUAGCCGGUGUGCCUGGAGGACUGUGGUGGUGCCAGGUUUCUUGCCAAAGGAAAGUCCUUCUGGGUGCGUUUUGCCUCCUUCUUGUGGACCGGGUCCAUAUCCCCAGCUAGAUGGGACCAUAGCUUUCCACCGGAAGAAAGUUGCCAGGACUCUGGCACGUGGUGGGUGCUCACGGGCAUUUGCCCCUGGGGUAGACGGUGCCCUGCCUCCUCACUGUGCACAUUGUCGUUGACCAAAUGCUAUAAUUCUGCAAGGCAGGAGGAUGUCGCCAAAUGCAGGUGACAUUGUGCCCAAUUUUCAGGUGCCCGGUUAUUACAACCUGGGAUUAUGAUCCAUUCCAAAUGUUUCCCGUUGGCGGAAUAAACCAUGGUGGCUCCAUUGCUGGCUA